AUGUCUCAACCAUACGGCGCAAUCAUCAACGGUGAGAGCAGAGCCGAAAACGGCAUCUCCGCACAGAGCGAUGAGACGCAGGCUCUGCUCGCUCCCAAACCAGGAUCUAGAUCUUGGUUGCGCAAGAGAUUAGGUUCUGAUGUCCGCCGAGAUUGGGCUGAUGUUAUGCUUCUUGCGUGCUACAUCAUAACAGGCAUUCUCGACAGUGCUUCCAUAUCAACAUGGGGUGCCUUCGUAUCUAUGCAGACCGGAAAUACUGUUUAUCUUGGUCUUGGACCUACAGCUGGGACUAAUCGCUGGAAAAAGUCCGGAUCAUCAAUUCUGGCUUUCUGUAUCGGUUCAUUCUUUUUUAGUCGUCUGCACAGGGUGUUUACACCUACGCCUAGACGGAAAUGGGUGUUUUGCUUGUCCUUUGGCAUCCAGACAGCUUUCAUCGUUGCAGCUGCUUGUAUCGUUACCUGGGGACCGAAAGGUGCAGGUCCAGAUGAUACGCCCUGGUACGUCAUUGUGCCAAUAGCUCUCGUGGCGUUUCAAAGCUGCGGACAAGCUGUUGCGAGUCGUGCACUCAAGUUCAACGCUUUGACUAGUGUUGUUCUCACGAGCAUCUACUGCGACUUGUUCUCCGACGCGGAACUGUUUGAGAGCAUUUUUGUCAAUGCGGAGAGAAACAGGCGUGUUGCAGCACCAGUCCUGCUCCUCAUCGGCGCUAUAAUUGGAGGACUCAUUGCGAAGAGCGAGCUGGGGACUUCUGGUGCGCUGUGGGUAGCCGCUGCGCUCAAGAUCACUGUCAUGUUUGGUUGGGCUGCGUGGCCUGCAGAAGAGGGGUCUUGA